AUGUUAUUAAUAUUAACCAACGGAACGAUUGCAUUCUUGUCAAAAUCGUUGAAAAUACAAUGAGGCGAAGCACGUCGUCUGACAUUCGCAUGCGAACUACUGUCAAAUCCGGCCAUUUUAUUCUGUGAUGAACCUACCACCGGAUUGGAUUCCUUCAUGGCCGAGCAUGUCGUCGUAGUUCUCUCGAAGCUGGCUAGGAAUGGAAGGACGGUGGUGUGUACGAUACAUCAACCUGCUUCACAGCUGUUUUUGAUGUUCGAUCGAGUGAUGUUUCUAGCUGGUGGACGAACAGCGUUCUUCGGUACUCCACGAGAAUGUAUCGAAUUUUUCGAGCAGUGUGGCCAUCCUUGCCCUCACAAUUAUAACCCUGCUGACUUGAUUAUACACACACUUGCGGUGGCGCCUCACGAAGAGGAAGCUUGUCGUGUACGAAUCACGACCAUCUGUGAUAGCUUCGAGAACGGGACCUAUGGGAAGGCUCUGCGUUCAGAACUCGAUAAAGUGACGUCUGCGGUGGUGCCACGAGGGCGUCGAAGAGUGAACUUCGGCAUCCAAGUUGCUGCUCUUCUUCAUAGGUACUUUUUGGAUAACCUGAGAAAUCCUACGCUCGCUAGGGCGAAGUUUCUGCAAAAGUUCGUCAUGGGUAUCUUCACACCUCUGACCUUCAUCGGGAUUGGCAACAUUAACGGUGCGCUGUUCUACCUCGUCUGCGAGUUGACGUAUGCUUCUCUAUUCGGAAUUCUUACCUGUAUACCUGUUGAUUACCCAUUGGUAGUGCGAGAGUACCAUGACGGUAUAUACUACGUAAUAAGCUACUUCAUAGCUCGUACACUUUCCUACUUGCCAUUGUUCAGUCUUGAUGGUCUACUGAUGAUGUAUGUAUGCUACUGGAUGGUUGGCUUUUCUAGCUCUGUCACACAGGUGCUCUUUGCUACUAUAAUCAGUCUUCUCAUAGAGCAGUCAUCAUGUGCCUUCGGUAUGAUGCUCGCGUGCGUCGCGCCUAACUAUCCGGUAGGAGCAUCUGUUGCUGGUCCAAUUCUCACUCUGCUUUCCCUUACUGGUGGAUUGUACGCAAAUGUUGGCUCUUUGCCCGUAUACAUCAGUUGGAUACAGUACCUCAGUUGGUUCAGAUAUGGAUUCGAGGCCCUUGCCAUCAACCAGUGGAAUGAAGUGAACGACGCCAAUUCUACACGUUGGAAUAACCAGAGACGAGACGAGGUGCUGGCUCAGUACUCAUUUAAGGCUGAUCGUUUCAUUCUUGACCAACUGCUGAUGGUGGCAUUCAUUUUCGUUUUCUAUUUAAUUGGCUACAUUGGAUUGUCAAUUAGGAUUUAUCGAUCACGAUAG